UUAAAUUAACAUAUAAUUUUGAUCAGAUUUUUCUGCCAAAUAUCAGUUUUAAAAAAUGAUUCACAGCCUGUUUAUUAUAAACUCCUCAGGGGAUGUAUUCAUGGAAAAGCAUUGGAAAAGUGCUGUUGCAAGAUCAUUGUGUGAUUAUUUUUUCGAUCAACAGCGAAGAGUUUUGUCUCCUGAAGAUACACCACCUGUGAUAGCUACACCUCAUCAUUAUCUGAUUAGUAUAUAUCGUUGUAAUAUGUUCUUUGUUGCAGUAUGCAUGACAGAAGUUCCACCACUGUUUGUGAUAGAAUUUCUACACAGAGUAGUGGAUACAUUUGAAGAUUACUUUAGCGAAUGUACAGAGACUAUUAUAAAAGAAAAUUAUGUAGUUGUGUAUGAAUUGUUGGAUGAAAUGUUGGACAAUGGGUUCCCAUUAGCUACAGAAUCUAAUAUCCUAAAGGAACUUAUUAAACCACCAAAUAUUUUAAGAACUAUUGCAAAUACUGUUACAGGAAAAUCUAAUGUUAGUGCAAUAUUACCAAGUGGACAGCUAUCUAAUGUUCCUUGGAGACGUACAGGGGUUAAAUAUACAAAUAAUGAAGCAUACUUCGACGUUGUAGAAGAAGUUGAUGCUAUUAUUGACAGAACCGGAGCAACCGUAUUUGCAGAAAUUCAAGGCUACAUCGAUUGUUGUAUAAAAUUAAGUGGUAUGCCAGACUUAACACUCUCUUUUAUGAAUCCCAGAUUAUUUGAUGAUGUCAGUUUUCACCCUUGUGUUAGAUUUAAAAGAUGGGAGUCAGAAAGAAUACUUUCUUUUAUUCCACCAGAUGGUAAUUUUCGACUUCUCUCUUAUCAUAUAGGGUCACAAAGUAUUGUAGCAAUUCCAAUAUAUGUGAGACACAAUAUUAGUCUUAAAGAACCAGGAGGUGGUAGACUAGAUAUAACUGUCGGACCAAAGCAAACUAUUGGCAGAACUGUGGAAAAUGUGACAUUAGAAAUUCCUAUGCCAAAAAUAGUGUUAAAUUGUACUCUGACUCCAAAUCAAGGAAAAUACUCAUUUGAUCCUGUUAGCAAAAUACUGCUCUGGGAUAUUGGAAGAAUAGAUGUUUCAAAAUUACCAAACUUAAGAGGCUCGAUUGCCAUUCAAAACUCUGCUAGUGUAAUAGAGUCUAAUCCUGCAAUUAAUGUACAUUUUACAAUCAAUCAAUUAGCAGUGUCUGGUUUAAAAGUCAAUCGAUUGGAUAUGUAUGGAGAAAAGUAUAAACCUUUUAAAGGUGUUAAAUAUAUUACCAAAGCUGGGAAAUUUCAGAUAAGAAUGUAA